GACUGCGGACACAGUACAGGAGAUGACCAGAGAGGACUGCGGACACAGUACAGGAGAUGACCAGAGACUGCGGACACAGUACAGGAGAUGACCAGAGACUGCGGACACAGUACAGGAGAUGACCAGAGACUGCGGACACACAGUACAGGAGAUGACCAGAGACUGCGGACACAGUACAGGAGAUGACCAGAGACUGCAAGGACACAGUACAGGAGAUGACCAGAGACUGCGGACAUACUAUAGGAGAUGACCAGAGACUGCGGACAACAGUACAGGGGAGAUGACCAAGAGACUGCAGACAGUACAGGGGAUGACCAAGAGACUGCAGACAGUACAGGGGAUGACCAGAGACUGCAGACAGUACAGGGGAUGACCAGAGACUACGGACAUAGUACAGAUGACCAGAGACUGCGGACAGUACAGGAGAUGACCAGAGACUGCGGACGCAGUACAGGGGAUGACCAGGGACUGCGGACAACAGUACAGGGGAUGACCAGAGACUGCGGA